GUGGAGGCGGCGCCGCACCUUCCACUGCCGGGCUGGUCGCCAUGAACAGCGUGGGGGAGGCCUGCACCGAUAUGAAGCGCGAGUACGACCAAUGCUUCAACCGCUGGUUUGCCGAGAAAUUCCUCAAGGGCGACGGCUCCGGGGACCCCUGCACCGACCUCUUCAAGCGCUACCAGCAGUGCGUGCAGAAAGCCAUAAAGGAGAAGGAGAUUCCUAUAGAAGGACUGGAGUUCAUGGGCCACAGCAAAGAGAAGUCUGAAAGCUCUUCUUGACCUCGCCAGCAUCCUUCAGGAUGACCUUUUCAACUACAAACAUUGAGACAUUACGGACUGUACUGUGGUCCCUGAAGAUGACCGCUGGUUUUACCAGCUUUUUAGAGGAGAGUUCCAUUAAGUUUCUUUUCAGAAGGUCUGUAUGACCUUUAGAUUAUCCGCUUCCAGGUGGUGGUAGAAGACACCUAGCUGGUGUGGCAUCUUACAGUAUCAAACAUGACAUAAGAGAACGCUUCUUCAGAUGAUCAGAAUGUUACUUGGUCUGCUGCUCUUCUAAUACAGUUUGCGUUUAAGUAAUCAAUACAGGAGUCAGGAUGGCUAGGUCGUCCUGAAUGCUGAAUCCAUGCUGCUAAAAAUUAAAGUUUUGGGUUUGUUUGUUUUUUCCCCCUGGAAGCACUGCUCCAGGAGCGACUCCAGUAUUUAAAGGGCAACCAUUUCAUUUGGAUAAAGACUGAAUAAUGGUUAAAGGAGUGGAGUGAGCCAAAAAGGGAUCUGCCUUUUCAGAGACAACUACCUGCUUUUAAAGAAGAGGAUUCAGAUGGAAUAAAAAACAAACCAUUUUGAACUCCCAAAGUUUGGUACUAAGUCCACAAAUUAAGGUGACUUCUAGUUUCCUCUAAAUCUUGUCAAUUUAGCUAUGAAGGUACUAAAACAUACAGAAAUCUGAUUUUCCUGAUUCUCGGGUUGUUUCAUGAAUGGUAAUAGUGACCAUAAGAAAUCCUAAUGGAAAAAGCAUCUCCUACAGCUGAACUAUAGAUUGUUCAGGGUGGGUUGGGGAAAGAGGGUUGUUUAUAGGGCCUCUUGAAUACUAUAAUACUUGCACUAGUUAAUUGGGAUGAAGGGCAUAAUUUGCUUUAUUUGCCUUAUUUGUCCAUCAUGUUCUGUAACAUUUCAAAUCAGAGAUGGAAUAAAUAACUGCUUUUUGGCUUAAUUUACUUUCUCAUCGACCUCAGCA